GUGAAGAUCUGCUUUGUGACACUCAGACUUGUUUUCUCUUACUGUUGGAUUUUUAUUACGCAUUAGCACAAUGUGUAAAGGGCUUGCCGCCCUCCCUGCGACAUGCUUGAAAAGCGCCAAGGACAUAAAGCACAAGAUUGGCUUCCUGCUUCAAAAGCCAGACCCUCAAGAACAGAAGGCUUUGAAAGAGAAGACAAAGGCCACAGUGGUGAACAGAAUCUCGCCUGUUGAAACUGAGAAAUGGAAAACAUCAUUCAGCAACCUGAUUAAAAAUGAUGUUGGUCGAAAGGCUUUCGCUGCCUUUUUACAGUCUGAGUUUAGUCAAGAGAACAUUGAAUUCUGGGAGGCUUGUGAGGAUUUUAAGCAGACAUCUGUGUGCAAGAUGGACACGAAAGCUAGAAAGAUAUUUGAGCAAUACGUUGAAGCUGAUUCCCCGAAAGAGGUGAAUUUAGAUUCUGCCACCAGAGAGAACACUAGAAAGAAUUUGGAAAGCUGUGAUGCCUCCUGCUUUGAUGAGGCUCAGAGUAAGAUCUUCACCCUAAUGGAAAAGGACUCAUACAGGCGCUUCCUGAAAUCCCAACUGUUCCUGGAACUGUCUCAACCACCAAUGGACAAUAAACCUUGUGGCUUAGACAAAAGAGGAAAGCAAAAUAUUUCUGACCACAGUCAGUGCCUGCCAAGUUAUGCCUAAUCUAUGCUAUCUCCUCCUAGAUGGACAAACCAUAUGCUGAACUUUGCGUUAUUCGACUUUCACUCAUUUGACUUAGGUUUGUUAAGCUUGUUAAGGUCUAAGAGUAAAAAGGUGGAGUUUUAAGCGAGGGACAAACUAGCUACUAGCUACCACAGCAAAGUUGCAAAACCAUUGUGCAGUCAUUGUGAUUGAUUGUAAAACAUUUUCCUUGUAAUCAAGACCCAAUCGGGCAGUACUUGUUCCACAAAGGUUAUUUCCUAUUUUUAGCUUUGCAGCAGUGUUAUUGAUGUGUGCAAUUAAUCGCUGCUUAAGCAUGACAUCAUCUCCUGAAAGCGUUGUGUGCAGGCAAUGUUUUUAUCAAAACAAAGGUAAACUCAACACCUACUCUAAUUCAAUCUUGACAUUUCUUUGAAUUGGCUUGGGAAAACAGUAUACCUGUGACGUAGUUUACAACUAAAUGACUGUUACAGAUGGAAAAAUGCUUCUGCUGAGGAUUUCUUUGAGCUAUGAUGAGAAUAACAUGAAUAACAUCACUGAUACUAAUCUAGUAUAUUUUCUUUACUGUAAAACUGUGUAAUAUUUAUAUUUAUAUAUGUUUCUGUAUAAGCUCUCUCACCUUUACAGGUGAUGCCAUUUCAUAUUCCUUUUUUUGUCUUCUGUUGGCCGCCCAUUAUUUGACAAUCUAUGGAAUACAAAUGACAAGUGAAUGUUAUAAAUUUGCAUGUGCAAUGUAUAACAUGUCACUGACAAUGAUUUACAUUCUGUUAUGUAGUGAAACAGUAACAGACUUAACGUAUGAAAAAACAUAUGCUCCUAUUAGAAUAAAUGGCCAAAUGUCAGUUGUUUACAUAUUUGUUUACUGGUGCCAUAUUUAUUUUGUCAUAUUUAUGAAUAAAAUAACCUCAAAUUGAA